AGGAUAAUAAUUGUUCAUUGAUAACGGAACAUUUACGUAAAAAAGGUACUAUAAGAACUCAAUUAUCAUUUCGCAACCCAGAUAAAACACUAUCAACAACCAUGUUCCUUCGCCUAGUCACGAUUUCCUGCUUUGGCCUCCUUGCAGUUCAAGUUGGGAAGAUUGCAAGUUUCCCACUUGACCUCAAUCUUAAUAAUGUAACAUCAAAAAACAUUUUCCUCAAAAGCCAUGCUGGACUCGAUUUUAAACAACGUGAAGAUGCCAUCCACCGCCGACUGGGUAUCACGCUGAAUAUCGUGAAUGGACAGACAGCCUCCCGGGGACAGUUCUGUUACCAGGCUUACAUGCAGUUUUCUAACGGAUGGAACUACUGGGCUUGUGGUGGCUCUCUGAUAUCUCCUACCACUGUCCUCACUGCUGCCCACUGUGCCAAAGGGGCCAGGUCUGCUAAUGUCGUAUUGGGCGGCCUAGACUUGAGACAACGAAAGGAGACAGGCCGAAUUGUGUUAACAGUGCCCGGCAGCGGGAUGAUGGUUCACGAGAACUACAAUGAUAAUGAUGUCUACAAUGACAUAGCUGUAGUCAAGUUACCUCGUCCUGUCACACUCAAUCAAUAUGUGUGCACUGUGAAGGUGCCAGGUUGCACAUCCCCCAGUACUCGCCCUAACACUCAGGGCUCAUUCACUAUCAGUGGCUGGGGAAAAACAUCUGAUUCUACCACAACAUGGAGACUGAUGUACGCAAAUGUACCAGGAGAAUCGCUGAGCGAGUGUGCCAGUUUCUAUAGAGACAAUGCUGACUAUAGAGUGAUUGACUCUCAACUAUGCACCAGUGGUUCAGGCGGCAAAAGUACUUGCAGUGGAGAUAGUGGUGGUCCCCUGGUGCAAGUAGAUAUUGAUGGCAGCAUCGUGCAGCGAGGCAUUGUAUCUCUGGGCUUGAGCUCCUGUGAAGUUAACGCCCCCAGUGUCUACACAGACGUCAACUACUUCUCACCUUGGCUCUGUCCAAAACUAUUGAAGUGAUGCUGUUGUAUUUGUGUACAAAAAUAAAAAAUUAUUUUUAGAAAAUUUA